AUGGAGAUAGUGAGCAGAAUGAUCAGUUUCAUAGGGAAUUCGGUCGUGAGGUUCCUGACUGCGGUCACCUUGCCUCUCCUCCGCCUGAUCCUGCUGUUCGUGGUGCGGGAGGCCGGGGAAAGGGGGAACUAUGCUCUGAGCGGACAACUGCACGCGGACUACGACUUCAUUGUCGUCGGCGCCGGGAGUGGCGGAAGUGUCAUGGCCUCCAGAUUAUCCGAGGUUGAGGGUUGGCGCGUGCUGGUGGUGGAGGCGGGCGGUCCUCCUGCUGCGGAAACUUUCCUGCCGGCGUUCGUGCCGUUCUUCUUCCUCCCCGGCCAUGACCUAGACUGGGACUACAACUCCACGCCUCAGAAGCACGGGCUGAAGAACUUUGAGAAUCGGAUGGCGCGCCUCACCCAAGGACGCGUGGUCGGCGGUUCCUCGUCCAUCAAUGGCCUGAUGUACGUGCGAGGAAACCGGCGCGACUUCGACCACUGGGCCUCCCUCGGGAACGCGGGCUGGGACUACCGGUCUGUGUUGCCGUAUUUCAUCAAGGCCGAAAAUUACUAUGGCAGCUUCCUGGGAGAGAAUGGAGAGCGAGAAUGUGUUCGUGUAAGCAGAGCGAUGUCGCAAGGUGGAAGGCCAGUAGAUGUUGCAUCCGUUGUGUCUAAUAGAGGGUUUGGUGUGUAUGAAAUGUCGACGGGUCAAGAGCAUGUGCAACAACAGGAAGGUCGAGCUCAGCUAACGGGAGACGCUGACCCCGCAGUCAGGCGCUCCCGUGGCACGCUCGAGGUGAACAGGGGUCUAGUUGAUGUUGACAACACAUGGCACGCUCACCGGCACCUUACAGUCCGCAGAGGGGCAAAAAAGGUGAUCUCAAGAACUGUAUUGACCAAAUUAUUUAAUGCUGGGGUCCAUGUAAAAAAUGUGGGAGUACGAACAAAGGAAAUGCGCAGGAUUGUGGAAACUACGGGACAUCAAACUAAUAAGUCAUACAGUGAAGUUGUGGGAAAGGGUGAUAGACACAAGGCUAAGGAGUUGCUGCAGAAUUUAUAUUUCAAAGACAACUAUGUCUCCGUGGAUUUAGCAACGCCAUGCAACUGCAUCCACCAGAGACCUUCAUGCACGAUGGAGGAAGAUCAAAAACUGCCAGGCUGUUUGGGUAGAUGCACAGCAAUGCAAUGGGAUCGGGGAGUUAACGGAUGUCCGGCCCUGGAGAUUUACAAGGUAUGCCUAUGUAGAAAUCCUGGACGAGACAUUUCUACCAUCAGUGAGGGCAUGGUGUUCCCUGAGCCUGAGUGUCAUGAAGGCAUGAUUUCAGCAACACCUCAGCUGCAUCCUCUCAGAUCGCUAGGUGUAAUUCCCACUGUGGAUGUUUGGGCGGCCAUGGGAAGAGACUUCCCCCAAGAUCAUACCUGCAGUCGUCAUAUUGUCGUUAACCGAAGCAAUUACGGCAAGGAAGUGAUUGCACUCUGCAGACGGACGCCAGUUAACGGCAACGUUAGUAGCAUCCAUACUACUAGACUAGCCAGCAUUCGUCAAGCCUUGAGGGGAGCAAACAGAGUCUGGGGAUAUUAUGAGCAAGGACCUAUAGUCCUAGAAGUUCGUGACAGGUAUCGCGGACGGAGCGGGCCCUUGGCAGUGACCCCAGACUCUCCCGGACCCAUUUUUAAAGCCUUCGUCAGGGGUGGCCAGGAACUGGGCUAUUCCAUGGUCGAUUACAACGGUCCUGAGCAGAUGGGUUUUGCAGUCAACCAGUACACAGUCGGCAAUGGCACGAGAGCAUCAUCAGCAGAGAGUUACCUGCGACCUGUCACCUCCAGACCUAAUUUGCAUGUUCUACACAGCGCCACCGUCCAUAAAAUUAUCUUUGAUGAAGACAAGAGGGCCGUUGGUGUUCGCCUGCAGUACAGGGGAAAGAUGCUGACAAUUGGCGCGCGUCGAGAAGUGAUCGUGUCUUCAGGUGCAAUAGGAUCGCCCAAAUUACUUCUGCUCUCCGGUGUGGGCCCCAGCACCCAUCUCCAGCAACAUCGGAUAAACGUUGUGGCGGACGUGCCGGGCGUCGGGCAGAACUUCCACGACCACAUAAACGUUUAUGGUCUCACGUGGACAGUCCCGUUCGGAGCUAGUCCUCAGUCCCUUGGUCUUCUUGCGACCGCAGACGUCUUCUCGCCUUCAUCUUUACAUGAAUUCAUUAGGUCCAGGAAAGGUCCACUGACUCAGACACCACUUGAACUUCUCAACGCUUGGGUGAAGGUAUCACAGGGAGGUGAUCCCUCUCUGGACAGACACGCAGAUUUUCUUCAAUGGAUUCACAGCAGGGACAGACUUUGCUUACACAACACUAAAUUCUUUAAAGAACAUUACAAAGAGAUAAUUGGUCGGGAGGGUUUCACUAUCAGACCAGUGCUUGUAAGACCAAAGAGCCGAGGGUCAGUCACUCUUCUCUCAAGUGACCCAACACGACCUCCAGCCAUUGACCCCAACUACCUGAGUCACCCAGAUGAUGUGGCCACGCUUGUUAAUGGUAUAAAGUUUUCGUUAGCACUGGGCAACACAACUGAUUUUGCCAGAACCUACAGAGCUAGUUUCUUUAAAAAGCCUUUACGUGGUUGUGAAAACCUACCAGACGGGAGUGAUCAAUACUGGGCGUGCUAUGUCCGUCACAUGGCUUCGUCCUUUCUACACUUUGCUGGCUCCUGUAAGAUGGCACCGUCCUCAGAUCCUUUAGGUGUUGUGGAUAACAGACUAAGAGUUCGCGGAGUAAAGGGACUGCGUGUAGUGGAUGCUUCCGUCAUGCCCUCUGUUACCUCUGGGAAUACCAACGCACCUGUUAUUAUGAUUGCAGAAAAGGCUUCUGAUAUUGUUAAACAAGACUGGAAUCAACUAGUGUAGCCUGAUU